AUGCGCCCCCUCGCCUCGCGGGAUGGCCCCUUUGCUCGGUUCGUGAAGAGCCGCAGAUUCACCAUGGGAAUAUCUUGUCUGAUCAUCAUGAGCUCGGUGCUGAUCGGCGUCGAGACCCAGAUUCGUUCAAGUCUGUCCUCCCGAGGUUCAGAUUCUGAGCAUGUGCAGAGCAUCCUGCUUGCGGCGAACUGCAUAUUCACCUUCUUGUUCACCGUGGAGAUGUUUGUUGUUCCUCUAACAUCUGUGUUCCGAUGGGAGUUCUUCGUGUACGAGAGAACGUGGAACUGCUUCGACAUGGCCAUCCUUAUCCUAGCGCUCAUCGAGAUUGCUCUGGAGCUCGUGCUCCAAUCGUUUCCAGGCAGGGGCCGCAACCUCCUCGACAACGGUGGGACGGCGAAGAUGCUGCGCCUGUUUCGCCUCACUCGGCUUCUUCGCCUCGUCCGAACAUUCCGCCAGCUGAAGCCCCUCCGGAUGCUAGUGCACUCUAUCAUGUUCGCCGCCAGGUCUGUCUGUUGGGCACUGCUUCUGCUCCUGAUGAUCGUAUUCGCCUUCGGAGUCGUCCUGACACAAGCUGUCACAGAGCAUACCGAAGGAGGCAAGCGAAUCGACGACGAGGACCUAUCUCUUCAUCCUCGUUCAUAUCUCCGUCCCCCUCGCCCUCCAACCAUCCUACGCCUGAGGAUUUACUGGCGUACUACGGCGACCUUUAUCGAUCAAUGCUGA